GAACUGCCGCUCGAAAAUGACCCAGCAAAUGCAGAGUUUACAUCUUUCUCAGUCAAAGAAACACAGCGCUCCGUCGUCUCCCAAUGCUGCCAAGCGCCUGUACAGGAACCUCUCGGAGAAGCUGAAGGGCAGCCACUCAUCCUUUGAUGAGGCCUAUUUUAAAACCAGAACGGAUCGGCUGAGUCUCAGAAAGACCUCAGUGAAUUUCCAGGGCAACGAAGCUAUGUUUGAGGCUGUGGAGCAGCAGGACCUAGACGCCGUGCAGCUCCUCCUUUACCAAUACACACCGGAAGAACUAGAUCUGAACACACCAAACAGCGAGGGACUGACACCCCUGGAUAUUGCCAUCAUGACCAACAAUGUACCCAUCGCUAGGAUUCUUCUGCGGGCAGGGGCCCGAGAAAGUCCACACUUCGUCAGCCGAGAAAGCCGAGCCAUGCACCUCAAUGCACUGGUCCAGGAGGCCCAGGACAGAGUGAGUGAGCUGUCUGCCCAGGUGGAGAAUGAAGGCUUCACUCUGGACAACACCGAGAAGGAGAAGCAGCUGAAGGCUUGGGAGUGGAGGUCCCGGCUCUAUCGACGCAUGAAAACCGGCUUCGAGCACGCCAGAGCCCCGGAGGUGCCAGCCAAUGUCUGUCUCCUGGUAACCAGCAGCACAUCCCUCACCGUCAGCUUCCAGGAGCCCCUCAGUGUCAAUGCAGCUGUAGUGACCAGGUACAAAGUGGAAUGGAGCAUGUCUAAAGACUUUUCCCCUUUGGCUGGCGAGAUCAUCAUGGACAACUUGCAGACCCUGAGGUGCACAAUCACAGGCCUCACCACGGGCCAGCAGUAUUUUGUUCAAGUCUCAGCUUACAACAUGAAAGGAUGGGGACCAGCUCAGACCACAACGCCGGCGUGUGCCUCUCCCUCUAACUGGAAAGACUAUGACGACAGAGAGCCCAGACACAGGGGACAGAGCGAAGUUCUAGAGAGCCUGCUGCAGCAGGUCCGAGCCCUUCAUCAGCAUUACAGCUGCCGGGAAAGUUCAAAAGUGCAAACCACGGGCCGCAAGCAGUCAGUGUCGAGGAGCCUGAAGCACCUCUUCCAUUCCUCAAACAAAUUUGUGAAGACCUUAAAACGAGGACUCUACAUAGCCGUUAUAUUUUAUUAUAAAGACAAUAUGUUAGUCACCAAUGAAGAUCAAAUACCAAUUGUUGAGAUCGAUGACUCUCACGCCAGUUCUAUUACACAAGACUUUCUGUGGUUCACGAAGCUGUCUUGUAUGUGGGAAGACAUAAGGUGGCUAAGACAAAGUGUGCCCAUCUCCAUGUCCUCAUCCACAGUGCUGCAAACUCGGCAGAAGAUGCUUGCUGCGACCGCCCAGCUGCAGAAUUUACUUGGAACGCACAACUUGGGAAGACUUUACUAUGAGCCCAUUAAAGAUCGCCAUGGCAACAUCCUCAUAGUCACCAUCAGAGAAGUGGAGAUGCUUUAUUCCUUUUUUAAUGGCAAAUGGAUGCAGAUCUCAAAACUGCAGAGCCAGAGGAAGUCCCUGUCAACUCCUGAGGAGCCAACAGCCUUAGAUAUUUUACUAAUUACCAUUCAGGAUAUACUCUCCUAUCACAAAAGGAGUCAUCAGCGUCUCUCCCCUGGGCUGUAUCUAGGUUACCUAAAGCUAUGUAGCUCUGUGGAUCAGAUCAAAGUGCUCGUAACCCAAAAGUUGCCCAACAUUCUCUGCCACGUGAAGAUCCGUGAAAACAAUAACAUCUCCAAAGAGGAGUGGGAGUGGAUCCAAAAGCUUUCUGGCUCGGAAUCUAUGGAAAGUGUGGAUCAUACUGCUGACUGCUCCAUGCAAUUGUUCUUCUCCGAGCUCCAGAUGGCAGUGAAGGCUCUCCUGAAACAGACUAAUAUACCUCUCCACCAGGCAAGGAACUUCCGCCUCUACACACAGGAGGUGUUGGAAAUGGGUCACAAUGUGUCCUUUCUUCUCCUGUUCCCUGCCUCAGACGACGUCUGUACAGCCCCAGGACAGAAUAAUCCUUACACCCCACACUCAGGGUUUCUCAACCUCCCUCUUCAGAUCUUUGAACUAGUUCAUUUUUGCAGCUACAGAGAGAAAUUUAUUAGUCUGUAUUGCCGCCUUUCUGCUGUUGUGGAACUGGACGCUCUGAAUACCCAACAGUCCCUGAGGGAAGCGAUCUCAGACAGCGAGGUUGCCGCUGCCAAACAAAGACACCAGCAAGUGUUAGACUUCAUUCAGCAAACAGAUGAAGUCUGGCGUGAAAUGAGGUGGAUCAUGGAUGCUCUACAGUACGCAAGAUACAAGCAACCCGUCUUUGGCUUGCCCAUCACUAAGCUGAUAGACCCCUCCCACGAGCAGAAUCUAAAGAAGAUCAGUUCUACAUCAUCACAUAUAGACUGUCUUCCAUCCACAUCCCCAUCCCCAGAGACGCACAGAAGAAAGGCCAUGAGCGAGUCCCAGCCCUGCUCCGAUGAAGAAGGUUGCUCAGAAGUCUUCCUCCCCACUGACAGUGACUACGACUCCAGUGAUGCCUUGAGCCCACGAGACCUGGACCUGGUUUACUUGUCAUCGCAUGACAUCGCCCAGCAAGCCCUCAGUGGCCUCAGUGGCAGCGCCCCGGAUGUCCUACAGGUACACGACAUGAAGGCUUCCAUAGGGCCUGGCCAGGACCCUCAGGGCCCAGUGCAGGGCCCAGACACCGAUCACUCGUGUGCAGAGUUUCUCCACAGCCUGACCCUCACGGGCUUAGCACCCAAGAACCAUGCCAAGAUGGUGCCAGGCACUCGGCCGCCACUGGGCUUCCUGGGAAAGCGCAAGCCAGGCAAGCACCAGCACUAUGGUGGCUUCAGCCGUCACCACCGCUGGCUGCGCAUGCACAGCGAGACGCAGUCGCUGUCGCUCUCAGAAGGGGUUUACACGCAGCACCAGUCUCGGGCCUGUGGCCAGGCUCAAGAUCCUGGGGAAGCAGAGGGUCCUGGACCUGUGGUGAAUGGGCCCCGGGGCCUGCCUCUGACCCACGCAGCCAGCCUCCCCGAGGAGCGCAGGAGCUGCCUCCAGAACCACCCGAGGCGUUCAGUGCACAGAGUCUAUGUGGAGUCCUACCCAGACACACUCGUGGGCCAGGACACAAAACUGUGGACGGGUUUGAGGCCUACCCCCGCAGGCCGUACCAGCCUGCAGAGCUCCACUAGUUCAGAGAUGAGUCCGGACCCCACGUCCCCAGUUUCAGAAAUACUAAGUAGUAUGCUUUAGGGUAGCCCAUGUCGGCUAUCUUUCGCCCCUCUCACCCCCACUAUUCCUUGCAUUUCCAUCACCAUAUCCUGCCCCAUUGUGUUCCCCCAUCUAAUUUCAAAAAAUUUAAAAGAAGUUCAAAGGUGACAUGUACAAGGGUCUUUCUUUUUUUCCAAAGUGGGGCACAGGAUAGAGGAGUGGGGAGGCGAGAAUUGCCACUGCCGCUUCCUCCUCACCCUAGAAAAUGUAUAUCUGAGACCCCCGAUGCUCUUUCAGUGGCACCUGCGGCUAAGAAGCUUAGGCCAGCCCAAGGAGAACACUUAAUUCUGCACCUGUCUCUGUAAUCGCAACCCUGGGCUUAGAGUUCUUUUGUGAGUUUGUGGCUGACAAAGAAGUUCAGUCAGUGAAAAUGAGAAUGGCAUAGUACUUCCCACCACUCCAAACUUUCGGGAGAAUUUGGUGAAAAGAAGCCCAUGUCGUGUCUAGAGAGCAAGGGGUUGAGUAGACUUGUACAGGGUUUUUCCUCAGCUAAACAAGGACAUUCCAGGGUUCUUGGGGCUGCCCAAGCCCAAUUUAUCCCUGAGUACUCACCUAGUUAAGUGAACCUUGGACGGGCCUUUUCCUCACUUGGUGUUAUGUGGAGAACCCCAGAAACCAAAGUGGAGGACGCUUUUUUUUCUAGCCCUGUCUUGCGAGACAAAAUUAGGCAGGUAGAAGGCCUUCCAGCACACUUAGAUUCCAUUCUGUCUUGACAAUGAACAGUAGAUUAUUCCAGAGUGCAAGGAGAUGGCUGAGUUAAGAGAAAGUCUGGAUUACAGCAACGAAAAGGGGAAAAGAAAAAAGAACUAAAAUCCUUUCUUUACAAUAAACCAAAUGGGUCCAUGGCGGCUGUACCGUUUAGAAUGGUGGUAGAUAUGUACCAUGUUUUAAACUAACCAAAUAGUUACUGAAUAAGAAUGUGUCCCCCAGAUAUGGUCAGGUAGUGAUGGGGUUCC